AUGCCUGAAGCUGUACUUAGUUUUGUUAUUGUAAUCUUGAAUAAGAUACUUCCACUAGCUGCCCACGAGGUCAGCCGGGUAUGGGCUGUCAAGAAAGACCUUGAGAAGCUUGCUGAGGAAGUACAGAUGAUGGAAGCUUUGAUUCUUGAUGCUGAAGGCAAGCAAUCAACAAGCAAAGCCGUGCAGCUUUGGCUGAAAAGGCUCCAGUCCAUAGCACGUGAUGCGGAGAUCGUGUUAGAUGACUUCGGAUAUGAAGUUCUGCGGCAGAAGGUUGAGAAUCGGAAGCGCGACAAGGUACGCAACUUCUUUUCUUCCUCAAAUCCUAUUUCCUUUCGUCUAGAGAUGGCUAACAAGAUCAAGAAUGUUAGCGCAUCUCUAGAGGAAGCAUACAGACGUGCAAAUCAAAUAGGGCUUCAUCCAGUUCAACUACCCAUGACGUCUGCUGAUCACAAAGAGGAUCGGUGGACUGAUCCUUUUGUGGAAGAGUCAGAAAUGGUGGGAAGGGAAGUUGAGAUAUCUCAAGUUGUAAGCAUGUUAAUUAGCUCAGACUAUAAGAAGGAUUUACCUGUCAUCUCAAUAGUUGGGAUGGGUGGCCAGGGUAAAACAACCCUUGCACAGCUGGUGCUAAAAAAUGACAGUGUAGUGAAACAUUUUGAUGAAACAAUAUGGGUUUGUGUGUCUGAUGAUUUCAAAGUGGAAAGGCUGUUGAAUGAGAUGCUACAAUCCCUUAAGGGAAAAAGUGCUGACACAACAAACAGGGAAACAUUGGUGAAGGAGCUUCAAGAUAAUCUGAAAGGAAAACGUUACUUGCUUGUGCUUGAUGAUAUUUGGAAUGAGAAUCGACAGAAAUGGAAUGGCAUGAGGAGACGUUUGUUGGCAAUAGGGGGUGCUCCAGGAAGCAAAAUAUUGGUUACCACACGUAGUGAUGAGGUAGCCUCAGCAAUGCAAACAUCUGGUUUGCAUCAUCUAGACAUCCUCUCAGAUGAUCAUAGCUGGAUGUUGUUUGAAAAACUAGCUUUUGCAGAUGGUGGUGCAAGAAAGACUCAAGAUCUGGUGGACAUUGGCAGAAGGAUACUGAAAAAGUGUGGCGGUGUGCCAUUAGCUAUCAAAGUGAUUGGGGGUUUGUUAUAUUCCAAAAAGGAUGCCUCGGAAUGGUUGAAGCUUGAGAAGAGUGAAAUAUGGAAUGAGUCGGCCAAUAAUGAAGGUGGAGUCAUUUCUGUCCUGAUGCUGAGUUGCGAAAACUUACCUUCAUUGUCAGUGGAACAAUGCUUUGCAAGUUGUUCCAUUUUCCCGAAGGACACUGAUAUGGAAAAACAAAGCUUGAUACAGAUUUGGAUGGCCCAGGGAUUGAUUAAUGAUGCCAAGGGAGGUCAUUUGCAAAUGGAGGAUGUAGGCAGUGACUAUUUCAACAUAUUGCUUCGGAGUUCUUUGUUGCAAGCUACUUCUGAGAAUUCCAUUAAUGGAAUCAAGCGCUGCCGGAUGCACGACCUUGUGCAUGAUCUUUCAUUGCAAGUGUCAAAUAAUUGUUUCUUAAAUACAGAGGAUGGCAUGGUAGUCAGUCAUGAUGAUGAAGUCAUGCAUUUGACCAUUAUUCUGAGUCGAGGGAUGGUGUUAAAGAAGAUCGAAGGGAUUCCUCCAAAUUUACAAACGCUUCAUCUUGUGGGUCGUGGUAUUGUGCUCGAAGACAUAUUGGAAACAUCUAGAUAUCUUUGUGUGUUAAUAGUAAACUGCCGGGAUGUUGCUCAUCUCCCGAAUGCAGUUGGUAAUAUGAAACAUUUAAGAUAUCUUGAUAUCUGUAAAACUCGUAUCAUCACUCUGCCAGAUUCCAUCACAAAGCUCUACAAUUUGAUGACCUUGAAAGUAGUUUACUUGAAAGAGAUACCUAAAAAGUUUAGCAAUUUAAUUAACUUGAGGCAUUUCGAGUAUUCCGAGUUUCUUUUGGAGAUCCGAUGUUUGUUCCCGGGAAUUGGGCAGCUGGCUAAUCUUCAGACAUUGCCCCACUUCGUGGUAAGCCAAGACAAGGGAUGUCAACUUGAGGAGUUGGAACACUUGCGCAACCUCCGAGACAAGUUAGAAAUAUUUGGACUUGAGAAUGUGAGCAGCUUUGAAUCAGCAGCAAAAGCAAAGUUGUCCGAAAAAUCAAGCAUUCAAGAUUUAAGACUUUCAUGGAAUGACAGGAAAGAAGAUUGUGAUGACAACAAUAUCAAUAGUGUCAUGGAAGGUCUCCAACCUCACCCAAACUUGAAAAGUUUAGCCAUUAACGGUUUCAAAGGUUCAAGGUUUCCGUCGUGGAUGGUGGCAAAGGAUCAUUUGAUACUUCGGAAUCUGAAAGAGAUUGAGGCAGGCGCGUGCAUACGAAGCCAGUGGUGCGAUGAAGGUGGUGGCUGUGAGAGAGAAGAGUUUGCGGCAGCUGGAUCUGGUGGUGCGCGGCUUUCGGGGCUUCAGACGGAUCUUGGAGGCGGUGGCUAUGGCAAGGGUGAAGGAGGUCAGAUGAGCUGGUGGUCACCCUUGGCGAGGAGAGCCGAGGCAGCGGCGAGAAGAGCUGGGGUGGGCGGCGGUGGGGUGAGUUCGUCAAACAUGGCGAUGGGCACGCCAAGAUUAGAAAACAUUCUCUGA